AUGGCGGACGGUGAUGUGAGGAAAGGUACCGUGAAGUGGUUCAGUGAACAGAAGGGCUUCGGAUUCAUAACCCCUGACGAUGGCGGCGAGGAUCUGUUUGUCCAUCAAUCGGCGGUCAAAUCCGAGGGUUUCCGAAGCCUCGCCGAGGGGGAGGCGGUCGAAUUCGUCGUCGAGCAGGGCAACGACGGCCGAGACAAGGCCGCGAACGUGACCGGUCCCGGCGGCGCGGCUGUUCGGGGAGGGAGAGGCGGCGGAUCUUACGGAGGGAGAGGCGGUGGCGGGUACGAUGGAGGCAACAGGGGUGGUGGCGGCCGAUCGUAUGGCGGCGGAGGCGGUGGGUACGGAGGAGGAGGCGGUGGGUACGGCGGUGGAGGUGGUGGGUACGGAGGCGGUGGAUAUGGCGGUGGGGGAGGCGGUGCCUGCUACAAGUGCGGCGAGUCUGGGCAUAUGGCAAGGGACUGUUCACAGGGCGGCGGCGGUGGAGGAGGGAGGUACGGCGGCGGCGGCGGCGGAGGUGGUUGCUACAGCUGCGGUGAAGAAGGGCAUUUUGCUCGCGACUGCCCUACAGGCGGUCGUUGA